GGAUCCAUUUGCUGUGUUCCUCUCUUGUGUCGGACCCGAGCAUCAUCGACUACUUUCACUGGCGUCGGAGCGUUUUCAGUGCCGCCGAAGAGCAGAAAAGGAUAUCGGCAAAGGUCAGCUCCAUCGAGCGCAGCAACGAUAACCUUGCCCAGCUUCCGGUGCGACGAGCGGGGUCUGCCCUGCGUCUGGCGCAUCCCACUCGUUAUCAGCAGCAACCACAGCUAUGCCAGCACCACCCAAGCCUUGGGAGCGAGCAGGUGUGGGAGCAGCGGCAGGGGUGGCAGCGUCGUCGGCCAGCUCGCUUACCACGAGCACCGCAGCCUCGACCGGAGUAGACAGCGUUCUACCUUCAGUCCCAGAGCGCCCAUCUUCUCUUGCCCAGACAUCCGCGGUUGGCGCAUAUGGAAGGUCAGCAUAUAGCCCCUAUGGGGCUGGUGUUGGCGCCUAUGGCUCAACCUACGGCACUCUAGGUUCCACAUACGGGGGGACAUACGGCUCAUCCUACUCGCCUUACUCGCGGCUUGGAGCCAUGGGCACAGGGUAUGGAGGUAUUGGCGGUUAUGGAGGAUACGGAGGCUACGCAGGUGGCCUAGGAUACGGCGGCUAUGGUGGGAUGGGCAUGGGAAUGGGAAUGGGAAUGGGCAUGGGCAUGCCAGGGAUGCCGGGUCAGCCGCCUGAGGCAUCACUCACACAGCGCAUGGAGGCCGGCACUCAAGCAACUUUCGAGCUGAUCAGUAGCAUUGUUGGCGCUUUCGGCGGCUUUGCGCAAAUGCUCGAAAGCACAUUCAUGGCGACGCACAGCUCAUUCUUCGCCAUGGUUGGGGUUGCAGACCAAUUUGCACACUUGCGAAACUACCUCGGUCAGGUCCUUUCCAUCUUUGCACUGGCCCGGUGGCUGAAGAACAUUCUACUCCGAGUCACGGGCAAGGCGCCAGCUGUCGAGCUCGACCGGCGAGAGUUCAAGGACUUUGCAGCUAAUGGUGGCGCAGCGCCGGGCGCGAAACCACGGCCAAGCAAGCGGCCGCUGAUCGUUUUCUUCCUUGCGGUCAUUGGUUUGCCUUACCUGAUGAGCAAGCUUGUCAGGCUCAUUACACAAAGACAGGAAGCCGAGCGAAAGCGAUUAGAGCAAAUGGGCGGCGAGCAGCAUCACGGUAUGCUGCCUGGCCACCAAGGCGGCGGGAUGAUCGCAUCCGGGCCGCAGGGUGCCAAUGAGGUGCUCGACCCCAGCAAAUUAACGUUUGUCCGCGCUCUAUUUGCGUACCCUGCCGCAGAUCCGCUCGAGCUGAGUCUGCAGCCGAAUGACAUUGUCGCAGUUCUCAGUAAGCAUGACCCGCAGACUGGGCAAGAGUCACAAUGGUGGAAAGGGCGGACACGCGAUGGACGCAUCGGAUGGUUCCCUAGCACAUAUGUGGAGUCCUUGGAGACCGCUAAAGCAAAGGCUGCCAAGGCGGCUGAAGCAAAGGAAGGGACAAGCGAGGCCAAAGUGAUCGAACCGGAGGACAAGGCGAAAGCGUCGGCCAAGAAGGCCGCCACUGCUGCCUCUCGGUAAUCGCGCAUUGCAGCACACAUCCACACAUGUCUGAUGGUUCGUGUGCGACUUGAAGGAUGUAUUUGUAGUGUUCUUUAUAAGUGUAUGUGCAGUGGAAUGCGCUCCUCGAGGAUGGGCCUACAUAUUCAAAAGCUCGCUGUAUUGGGACCCAGCCGCCUGGGCCCAAUGGGCACCCCUUGGAAUAUAGUAAUUUUCUACCGAAUACCGG